AAAUGAUGGCGGAUGUUGUUUUUCAGCGCUUGUCGAGGUGGAUUUUCUCUGGAAUCGAGCGAUAACCCACAAUUUCACGCGUCAAAAUGAACAUCUGGCCCGGAAACCGGUACGGCAACGGCCUCCUCUUUGCAGGCUUCAACCAGGACCAAGGUUGUUUUGCUUGCGGCAUGGAGACCGGAUUCAGAGUGUACAACUGCGACCCUCUGAAGGAGAAGGAAAAGCAAGAUUUCUCGGACGGCGGCAUAGGGUCAGUGGAGAUGCUCUUCCGCUGCAACUACCUUGCCCUGGUGGGGGGCGGUAAGCGGCCCAGGUACCCUCCAAACAAAGUGAUGGUGUGGGAUGACCUCAAGAAGAAGCACGUCAUUGAGCUGGAGUUCACGGGCGAGGUCAAGGCAGUUAAGCUCCGGCGGGAUCGGAUAGUGGUGGUGCUUGAGUCGAUGAUCAAGGUGUACACGUUCACCCAGAGCCCUCAACAGCUGCACGUCUUUGAGACGUGCCCCAACGAGAAAGGACUGUGCGUGCUGUGCCCGAACAGCAACAACAGCCUGCUGGCGUUCCCGGGCAGGCAGCACGGCCACGUUCAAUUGGUCGACCUGGGGCAGACGGAGAAGCCCCCGCUGGACGUGGAAGCCCACGAAGCCCCCCUCAGCUGCAUCGCCCUCAACCUGCUGGGCAGCCGACUGGCCACGGCCUCCGAGAAGGGCACGCUCAUCAGGGUAUUUGACACGUCCACGGGCCAGCUUGUCAAUGAACUUCGCCGUGGUGCCAACACAGCCAGCAUUUACUGCAUCAACUUCAACAUGGACUCCUCGUUGAUGUGCGUCUCGAGCGAUCACGGCACUGUGCACAUCUUUGCCGUGGAAGACUCCAAGCGGAAUAAGCAGUCAAGCUGGGCAUCAGCAUCGUUCCUGCCCAAGUACUUCAGCUCCAAGUGGAGCUUUGGCAAGUUCCAGGUUCCUGGUGGUGCGCACUGCAUCUGUGCCUUCGGCUCCGAGCCAAAUUCCGUCAUCGCCAUCUGCGCGGACGGCAGCUACUACAAGUUCGUCUUCAACUCCAAAGGGGAGUGCACAAGAGACGUCUACGCCCAGUUCCUGGACGUGUCGGACGACGACCCACGCUCCUAGGACUCCUCACAACCGACGUAGGAACCUCGAGCGAAGAUCUUGCAUCGGACCGUCGCCUCCGCGGACUCGGUGAUAAACAGCGUCAACCCUGAGGCUCCCCCAAUGACCGGGACAUUGUGGACAAACUGGACGCUCGCAGCGACGUGACAGUUUGCCCAGACUCCACGGGACAAGGCAUCGAAGCACCGAUGCAGCAACGUGUGGGUCAAUUGGGACACCAGAUUUGAGACGGGCGGAAUUUGACGGAUGGUGCGACGCGGCGUCUCGACUUGGGGCUACGUUCUGCCAAUAAGCGACCCAAGGAAUCGGAAAAAAGGUGCGAGGAGUCGGGAAGCGUUUUUGACGGAUGGGGCUUAUUGAGGCAUGGUCGUCAGCUCCUCAUCAAAUGGGACUUGGGGGAUGGCGUAUUACAUUGUCCAAAAUAAAAGUAGUGUCGUGCAGACGAAGAAGCCCCAAUAAUGGCAAGAGGUGCGUCGACCUAGACUGACUCGAUUCCAGGGAGAAGACGAUGCGUCUUCCCCAAGUGAUGCGUUGUGUUUUGUGGACGACAACGUGGGAGGUGCGAGGAUCAACACGGAUGUGAGACGCUCGCGACUUUGUGAUGCGUUGCGUGAGCAUACGACGUCGAAGACGAGACUAGGGUUAAAGUGUCCAGCAUCGGAUUCUCGAGAUGUUCGGGACGGACUGAUCAAGUGGCGUUUCUGCGUUCCGAGGUUGGGACCUUGUAGUAUUUCAAAAAUUGUCGGGUAUGCAGGCUCAAAAAGCGGGAAGACGGUUUCAAGGAGCACUCGUUUUUGCCCAACGCCCGAAUUUUCGAGUUGAGAGUCGCGUUUCAUGAAACACUGACCCAGCGAGCGGCUGAAAUCGAACUGGUUAGAGGAACGUUAAGUGCACAAAAUCCAUAUCACCUCACGUUUGGUGCGAAAUAAGUGGCGUUCCUUGCCGCAGGAAACGUUUAGGACAUCUUCCGAAGCUAGGUCCGCACCUUGGCGACGUGCUAAAUGUUACGGGUGUUGAUAUUGUUCUGUUUGUUGGACCGUUGGGUAGAGAGCUAACCUCCAGAGAGUUAGAAACAGUUUCUGGCCUUUUUGGUCAGAGCCAAAUGGGAGAAAGAAAUCAAGCACAUGUUUGAUAAACUUCUGAUCCCUUGGGUUCCUUGUUCUUUUUUUUUUGGACGGGCUUUUUUUCCUCACGGAGGGUUCGAACAUUGUGGAACACAUGUCGCAUUCUUGGGAGUACUCUAACUCUGUUGUUUUAGGCUUUUGAUGACAUGUUGCUCUGUUGUGUUUUUUUCUGUAUCUAUGCAUAAUAUAUAUUUAUAGCAAAGAG